ACUCUCGUUGUUCACUCGCCACCGCGUUGAUCGUGCGGAACAAUCAACCCAGCUCCGAAAAAUACAACAACAACAAGACACAGACGUGUAUAAUCAACAAAUAAAAUGUCUAAGCACAAGUGUGUUAUGUACAUCAUACAACAAAUGUUUAUAAAUAAUGUGAAACACAAGUGCAUUUAGUGACUAAACUGAAUUCAGAAAUACAAACAUCAAAUUGAACUGCAAAGAAGAUCUCGCUUAAAGUCAGUUCAUCAGAUACACGCAUCGGAUAGAUACGUGUAUCUAUUGGCUUGAAGAAGAAGGAGAAGGAGAAGUCGACGAAUUCACCUGCGUUAACAAAACUACAACAACAACUACGAGUGACUGCAACGGGGGGAGAGAGAGAGAGAGGGAGAGAGGAGAAGAGAGCGCUGUCGUCAAUGCGGCGACGACGACGUCGACUUCGAUGCCGCGCUGUCAAUGUCGCGAAGCCGAACUAAAUUCGCGCUCAAUGAAUGACGCCCAACUUAGCCUCGCCAAAAACAAAAUGAAAACAAACUGAACUACAUAAAACAACAACUACAGCAACUAGUAAAAUCUAACUAAAGUAUAGUAGACAACAACAAUGACCGUCUCAUAUGCUGGCGAAGUGCCAAAUGGCAGCAGCUUUGGCUGCUUCUGGAAAAUCCUCUGGAAAUGGCGCGGCAGCGUUUACAAAUUAGUUUGGCGUGAAUUAGUCGCCUAUCUGUGUUUAUAUUUAACCAUUAAUGUCGUCUACAGAUUUGCUCUGACUCCCAGUCAGCAAUCUCUAUUUCUUAAAGUAAGAACUUAUUUUGGCCUACAAAUGGAGAGCAUACCCAUGUCCUUUGUGCUGGGCUUCUAUGUGAAUCUCGUGGUCAAACGUUGGUGGGAGCAAUAUCGUCUUUUGCCCUGGCCCGACACGUUGGCCCUGUUUAUCAGCGCCGCCAUUCCAAACUCCACAGGUGGUGUUAACAACGAAACGGGUCGCCUAAUGAGGCGUAAUAUAAUGCGUUACAUGGUCCUGGCUUAUGUCAUCACCCUGCAACGAAUUUCACUGCGUGUCAAGCGUCGCUUCCCCACCACACAGCAUCUCGUGGAUGCGGGCUUAAUGCACGAAUCCGAGAUGAAAAUCUUCGAGGCCAUGAACCAGAAGAGUCCCAUGUCCAAGUAUUGGAUGCCGCUCGUCUGGGCCACCAACAUAAUCAAUCGAGCCCGCAAGGAUGGCCUCAUUGCUUCCGAUCAUAUUGUGCAAACGAUUCUAGUUGAGUUGUCGGACAUCCGACGUCGCUUGGGCGGUCUUAUUGGCUACGAUACGGUCUGUGUGCCAUUGGUCUACACUCAGGUGGUUACCCUCGUGCUCUAUACGUAUUUCGUGGCCGCUCUGAUGGGUCGUCAGAUGUUGCCCAAUGUUUUGGAUAGCAAGGGACGCGAGGAUCCCGAUUUGUAUUUUCCAUUAUUUACCAUAUUACAGUUCGUUUUCUAUGUGGGCUGGCUGAAAGUCGCCGAGGUGCUAAUUAAUCCCUUUGGCGAAGAUGACGACGAUAUCGAAUUGAACUGGCUCAUUGAUCGCCACAUUAAGGCCGCCUACAUGAUUGUGGACGAGAUGCACGAGGAGCACCCCGAGCUGCUGCGCGAUCAAUACUGGGAAUGCGUAGUGCCCAAAGAAUUGCCCUACACGCUGGCCUCCGAGCACUAUCGACGCGAUGAGCCCAAAGGAUCCGCGGAGAAGUACAAGGUGAAGAAGGAGGAUGCCAUGUAUGCCAACAUUAUACCAGGAGGCGGCAAACGCAUGCUCAGCGAUGAUGUCUAUGCGGAUUAUGAGAGCGUGGACACGCCCAUGGUGGAGCGACGCAAGAACAAUUGGCUGGUGAGGCAGCUUUCACGCAUGGGAUCCAUGCGCAGUCAGUCGACGGCUUAUUCAUCGGGAGGUUUGCCCUUCAAUCGCAAUCGCCUGAACUCAGUUUACUCUAGUCCCGAGUCAGGCAUGCCGCUGUCCAUACUGCAGCAGCAGCAACUGCAGCAACAACACCAACUGCAACAGCAGCAGCAACAACAGCAGCCUGGCUCACAGCAACAACAACAGCAGCAGCAGCAACAGAGCAAGCCGAGUCUCUAUGAGAAGUUUGUGCAUCGCAAAUCGCUGCGUGCACAGCGUCAACUGAUUAAGCAGAAUUCCAAGCUUAAUGGGCUGAGCAUCAAUGUGGCCAAGACGCGACCGCGAAUUCCCACGCCCGAGGUAACCAAGGAUGGCAGCACUAACACAGCAAGCAGUGCCGUCAUUAUGGCUCCACAGCAGCUGAGCACGCAAAGCACUGGCGGCAUGUAUCCGUCGUAUCACAGCACCACGAGCACAGCGGGUCAACUGGGCAACGAUGGCACCAAUAAUCUGCACCAGGACAGCGGCCAGGUGCUGGGCACAUUGCUGCUGUCGCCCAUCAAAGAGAUGGAUAGCUCAUCAUCGAAUAACACUCUGAUUCCAGGGCAUCCGGCAACAGCGGCGCUCGCCCAGGCUGUCAUGCCCACUCGCUUGAAGGAUGGCUUCACAGCGACCACUAUGCCCGCGGAGAGCAAUAUCACCACACUCUCCUUCCCCUUCACGGUGGCCACCAGCGGCCCUGGAGGCGAGACCAUGCCCACUGGCACCCUGAGCAUUCUGCCACUCACAGCCAAUGCUCAGCUGCCGACAAUUACGACAACAGCAAGUGGCUAUGAUCCCAACGAUGUCAUUACCACGAUACCCGUCUCGUUGUCCAUCCAACGUUCUCCCUCGAGUCUUUCGAUCGUGGAGCUGACGGGCGUUGGCGGAGAUGUUGGCGAUGGUGGCCAUCAUCAUCAUCAUAGCAGCGGCUCGAGUAAUGGCAGUGGAGGUGGCAUCACCACCACUGCCUUGUUGUCGGUGAAGCCAUUGAAUGGCCCCGCUAACAAUAUAUCGCGCAACAAUAGCUUCAAUGUUAGCCUCAAUCUGCAGGAUGCGAAUUUCUUGCGCUCCUCUGUGCGCUCGGCAGGACCCACAGAUUCGCUGGAUGCCACCGCCAGCUCAGCAACAAUACCCAUGCAACGUGGUGGCAACAACAAGGAUUCGGCAGCACAGACAGCAUCCACAGCAACAGCCACAGCCACCUCGGCGCCCUCAACACUGGCCAAACAGAAGCCAGAGCCGAAGCAUGGAGAAGUCUAUGUGUAACGAUGAUGAUUACAAUGUCGAUAGCUUUUUAAUUGAACAGAGCUUGUAGUUAGGAAUUAAGCAAUUUGGCGAAUAUUUAAAGCCACCCGGAACCAUUUGAAAGAUAUUAAAUUAGAGAAGAGUCGAGUUUGAAAAAAACAAACAAACACAUUACUCGACCUAAGUCCGAGAUAUAUUUUAAAAUUUAAUCACAUGUCAGUCUUUAGUUGUUAAUGGAUUCCUAUUCUAACGAUCCAUGUAUAUAAUAUAUAUCUACUUAUACUAGUUGCUAUUUGUGUUGCCUAAUGCUAACUGAAAUUUGAAACUUGUUUUUUUUUCGUGGCACUUGCCAUAAUAAGCUAGUUUUGUAAGCGAAAUAUAUAUGAGCAAUUUUUAUCAAAAAUCCCUAUCGUGUAAAUAGAAAACCAACACAAUAUGUGAUAUGCGAUUUGUAACAAUUAAGUCUCGAUAAAUGUAAGCCGUGUAUAAUUCUGAUAUCAACAUUAUUGCUAUUUUACAUACAUACAUACUAUUAUUGCCUAAGCAUUGUUUAUAAAUAUCGAGUAGCAAUAAAGAGAAAUUAAUCAUUAA